AUGUACCGCAACACUUUGCUCAAGGAGUUCACAAGAGUCAGAAGUGUGGGUGCUCACCCGCGUCUUUUGCGCGUUUCAAGGCCCACAAGAGCCUUCCACGCAAGUUCAGCGCUUUUAAACGAGCUCAAAGACCCUUACUCAACGCUGGGAGUGGGCAAAACGGCUAGCUCAUCGGAAAUCAAAAAGGCCUACUACAAGCUAGCAAAAAAAUACCAUCCCGACAUCAACAAGGCCUCAGACGCCCAGAAAAAAUUCCAUGACUUGCAAAAUGCUUACGAGAUUCUGUCGGACGACUCCAAAAGGCAGCAAUGGGACCAGUACGGCCCAGCAGCCUUCUCACAAGGUGGUCCCGGUGGAGCCGGCGGAGCAGAGGGUUUCGGUGGUUUCGGAGGCUUCGGCGGUGCAGGUGGGUUUGGCGGUGCUCAAGGUUUUGGUGGUGGGUUUGGAGGCAUCAAUUUCGAAGAUUUGUUCGGAGCUGCGUUUGGGGGCGGUGCCGGUGGUUCUGCGCGCGGAGGCGGCAGCCGUGGCCGUUCUAUGUACCGCGAGUAUCAGGGAAGCCCUAUAGAAGUCAUACAUCGGAUGUCUUUCAAAGACUCCGUGUUUGGGGUGAAGAACGUAAAGUUGAACUACAGUGCGUACGAUCCCUGUAAUACUUGUGACGGGUCUGGCUUGAAGCCCGGCGCCUCAAGAACUACUUGUCAUGUGUGUUCCGGUACCGGAACUCGUGUGCACGUUCGUGCUGGUUUCCAAAUGGCCUCGACAUGUGACCAUUGCGGCGGAGAAGGGUCUGUAGUUAAGAGCUCGGACACUUGUCCCACCUGUCACGGAGAGGGUGCCACACUCAAUAAGAAUCACGAGCUGAAUGUCGAUAUGCCCCACGGACUUCAAGAUGGUGACGUUAUUCGUAUUACUGGUAAAGGGUCAUACCCAGCUAUGCAAGUGGAUCCUGCUAUGAAAGAUUCGAUUCGUUUAUCCAGAGGUGACUUGUUGGUUCGUAUUCGUGUGGAUAAGGAUUCUCGUUACCAGAUCAAAAACAAAUACGACAUUUGGUUCACGCAGGAUAUUCCUAUCACCACUGCUGCACUCGGUGGUGUCGUGACCAUUCCUACCGUUGACGGCGAGCAGAUAAGGCUCAAAGUUGGAGCAGGAACACAGCACAACGACGUCGUUUCGAUUCCUCAAAAGGGUGUUCCUAGAGGAGCCUUCGGAUCGCGUGGCGACAUGAAAGUCCAAUAUAGAGUGGUAAUCAAGAAACCGCAAUCUCAGGCUGAGAGGUGCUUGUAUGAAGCCCUUGCAGACGUUACCGGUGACAUGCAGGCAAAGAGAUCAGUUUUAUCGUCACCUGUCGUGGAGAAGGCCAAGGAUCAAACAAAAGGUCAAACGGAAAGCGAUACCCCCAACCCUGACGCGCCAAGCGCUUUAAGCAAAUUAGAGGAUUUCAUUUCCAAUACUUUUAAAAAGAUCAAAGGCGACAAGAAAUGA